CUCCUCUUCCAUUUGAAUUUCUUCGAAACUCCAUUCCUUUUUCUCCUCCACAGCUGCUGCUGCCAUUUGCCGGCAAUCGCCAUCCACCUGCUGGAAUUGUCCCCGCCGUUUAGUGCGGUCUCGGAAGUCCCUCUUCUCCCUCUGAUUCUAAGCAAUUCCUUUUUCCCUUCUUUUUUUUUUUGUUCUUUUUAAAUUUCCGAGCAAUGUAACUGGUUUCUGGAAUUUCUACUUAGAUCUUAACUGCGUUUGGAAGAAUUUUUCUAGCCUAUCUCGUGGUGGUAUCAUUUGAUGGUUAGAGUUGUAGAUUAUUCGCUCUUUUCACUUGACACUGGCAAACUUACAUUAGGUCAAGACACUGCAGUAAAUAUACGUUUAUGAAGUUCAAGUUUUGAUCACUGAUUCGUUAUGAAAUUUCUUUUUUUUUUUUUGCUAAAAUGUUGUUUUGUGUUUUCUACUUUUAUAUGCACUUUUUUUUUCUCUGGAAAGUUAUGGAAAGAAAUUAGACAGAAAUAUAGAAAAUUUCAGACAUAUUUGAACUGAAAAGGUUCCAAAAACCUAUUUAAAUGAAAGAAGAUCAUCAUCGGUAGUCAUUAACGUUAUUUUAAAUGUAUAGGUCUUGAAAUUGCAAACAUUGUAGCUUCGACCUCUCUGUUUUAAUUUGGCCAGAUUUCUCGUCUCUGUUCGGACCAAUUAGGACACAGAAAAUGUGCUGUUAUCCCUAUAAUCCAAAGAAACGGAUUAAAUCAGUUAACAAUUUCUUUUCCUUUUUCUAUGGUAACACUUCCCAGGAAUUUCUUAGAAAUUAGCCUUGUAAUUGGGAGUUUAUGUGAGGGCUUGUAUUGGAAGUUUCAUGUCUAUUGCCUGUUACUGUGUGACAUUGUAGCUGCUCUGAAUUAGCAUAUAAUGAAAAUUUUGUUCCAGACUGAUCAUACUUGUGCUGUUGCAUUUACUGCCGUCUUUUGGAAAUGUAGCCUCCAUUUCAUUGCUAUUGCAUAAGUAUCAUGAUUGCUGCCUUUUCUCACACCUCGUAUCCUUUCCUCAGAUAUUUGGCUAUUCGUGUUGAAUGUUGUUUUGUUGUAACGUAUUUUCAUGCCUCCCUGUACAAGGUCCUCCUUGAAGGUAGCCAGACAAAAAGCUGGCGUUCUCUGUGACAGUGUACAGUCCAUUUCGGGCGAAAAUGACUUGAAACUCUGCAUUACAAAUUACUUCAAGGGUGCAUCAGGGAAGUAUAGUCAGAAAUCUGGCCAGGCACCUCUUUAUACUGAUGAUGAGCGUGAGCUGGAAAAUAAGAUGGCAAAACUUCAAAAAGGAAAGAGAGCAAUCCAGUUAGAUUCAACUGAUGAUCAUGUUGAGGUUGUGGCUCCAAAGAGGGGAAAAGCUAUGAAUAAGGGGAAGUUGAAAAUGCCUAAACGUACAAGGAAGUUUGGCAAUUCAAGCCCUGGGGAAGUAAAUACUCAGUCAUUUGAAAUUGACAGUAUUAGCUCCCACUUCAGUAAGAGGAAAGAGUCCUGCAUGUCUCCAUCAAUUGGUAUUCCUUCCCCUCCUGCCCCUACCGAUGACAUGUUCCAUUGUCGGACAGCUUUGCAAGCGGUCGAAGCAUAUCUAGCGGCAGCUGAAGGGGAUUUGUUAGAGGAUGAAACGGAAGAUGUCAUUGUGCUAUGUUAUUGUGCCAUGUUAUUGUACUAUGCUUGGAUAUUAGAUGUCAAGCGCUGUGGCCCUGGUCCAAGGUAGACAUUUUGUCUGCAUUCACCAUGUCAUUGUGCUAUGUUAUUGCUUAUGUUUGGAUAUCAGAUAUCAUGAUGUAUGGUUGGCUAUUGGAUUUGCUAAAGCUGUUUAUGCUCCAGUGUUAGCUGAAGUAGUACUUGUGCUCAUGAACUUACGUGUUUGCAGUAUUGAUGGACUUCUUUGUUGGUAGCUUUUA